GCCACAAACGCUAGACGUCAGUAGGGCGAUUUCCAAAGGUUUUUUCUCUUUCUGUUGUUUUCCGGGAGAUAAACUGAAGCUGAACUGCAGCUGGUUCAAGAACCUGUCUGACCUUCUCUGUUUUGCACCUUUAAUCAUCGGGGAUUCACAGUCGGGAUGGCAGCUGUUAAAAUGACGGAGGGUACAGUGCAGGUGGAGAGCUGCAACGCGCCACUGUUCUACAGACAAAGCCAACCUGUGACAGGAGAAGCAAAAGUGUCGGUUCUGCUUCUUCACGGCAUACGUUUCUCUUCAGAAAACUGGCUCAGCAUCGGCACCCUGGAGACUCUGGCCAAAGCAGGUUGCCGUGCGGUCGCCAUCGACCUGCCAGAACUUGGUCAGUCUAAAUCAGCCAAAGCACCAGUGGCAGUGGGAACACCCGCCCCUGCAGGUUUCCUCAAAGAGGUGUGUGAGCAGCUGAAUCUAACCUCAGUGGUGGUGAUCAGCCCGUCCCUCAGCGGGAUGUAUUCCCUGCCCUUCCUCCUCGAGCACCAGGCUCUGGUGCGAGCCUACAUCCCUGUCGCUCCCAUCUGUACGGACAAAUUCACAGCGGAGCAGUACCAGAGUGUAAAGGUCCCAUCGCUGAUCGUUUACGGUGACCAGGACCAUCAGCUCGGGGAGGUGUCGCUCCGUAACCUGAGCAAUCUGGCCAAUCACAAAGUGGUGGUGAUGAAGGGAGCAGGCCACCCCUGUUACCUGGACGACCCAGACACUUGGCACAAAGCUCUUACAGACUUCCUUAACACGCUGUGAAGCUCUUUGCUGUGCAUUAGCGGCGCGAUCGCCAAGAAUGCGGUCACGCAUAAGCAAACACAUUAAUCACUCGUGAAGAAUUGAACUCACGUAUUCCCAAUGCUUAACCUGAUUUGUAUGUUUUGGUAACGUCUGCAAAUCGGGCCUUUUCUAAUGAUGACAGCAGAUGAACUUUUCCUUAAAAGGUUUAAGCCUGAAGCUUUUUGAGAAAUAUUGUUUCUUAAAUGAGAAAACCUGAUGUCAGUCUUGAAUCUGUACACUAAACACAAAGCUCAAGUCUGCAGCCGACUACUGAACCCAGGCGUGUAGGAUAACGACACGUGGAUCUCCCAGAUCACUGAACAGCGUCCAUUAUUUCCACUCUGGAAA